AUGCCCCUCCCUCGAGCCCGAACAACCAACUCGGUUCCGUCGAGGAGGCACCUGAUGCGAGAUGCGAGCUCUCGACGCAAGAAUUUCGUGGCGGCUGCCAAGCAGGACAAGUUAAAGGAGGAGGAACAGCAGCAGCAGCAGCAAUCAUCGUCACCAUCACCCCCCAUCCCAAUGUCGGGCAUUCCCCAAAACGGUGGUCGCACCGGUGCCAUGGCCAACCAACGGUCUCAACGCUCACGUCGUUUUCGUGUAGGUUCCGCUGCCGCCGCUCUGAAAUCGAAUCUGCACAAGAUUGUGUCGUCCAAAGACCGUGGAGUGCCCGUGGGCGACAGCAGCGAUCAUCGACGUCGCAGUGAAGCACUCUCGCGACGCAGUGGUGGCGGUGGAUCCACUCGACGGUGCAUGACGACUGACGCGAGUUUUCGUCGGUCGACAGGAAAUUCGGACUUGCCGCUUUCGGAAAUUGCCGAGAUUGCCAAGGAGGAGUUGUUUAGUAUGGCUGAAAUUGACGUGUCGUGGUUUGAAAAUAAGGAUGGAGAGGCUACACAGGUCGAGGACGCGAUGGACGGUAGUGCUCCAAGAGCAGCUGAACAGACUCCAGGAGCCAAAGAAAUUCCCAAGAGUCCCGGCGUGUUGCUCGCUCCGCCGCCCAAAGACACGUCCAAAGAAGACGCACGUAAAAAACGCAUUUCCGCCGAAAAGGACGUGAUGAGACGGGGCAGCGGCAAUCACAAGAGUCCCAAACAACACUCUCGGAUUGCCCGUUCCCUGAGGGCGCCAUCGAGUCGCAAACUACUUGGGGCGAAGCAACCCAGUAUACGAGUGCGGAGUUCGGGCACAAUGGAACACAACAAUGGCAGACCCACGCGGAGCAAAUCAAUGGACAUGACGUCCGCCAUAAAUAAUGACAGUGCUAGCCCUCGGAGGUCAAACUCCUCCAAAAGUAAAGAACCGGAACCGGCGCAAAACAAUAUUGAUCUCUUGUCCAUGUCCAUUGACGACAUUGGAGUGGACUACAGCAAUCAUCACGCACCACAACCACCCAACAACAAGACACAACAGACACCCGUCACACCAAGAACGCUUCGACGCAAACGUAAUCCACCCAAAAAGGUACAGGAUGCACUUUCCAUGUCCAUUGAUGAUAUUGGCGUGGAUUACAGCAAUCAUCACGCACCCCAACCACCAAAGAACAACACACAACAGACACCCGUCACGCCAAGAACGCUUCGUCGAAAGCGCAACCCACCCAAAAAACAGGAGGAGGCACUAUCCAUGUCGAUUGAUGACAUUGGUGUGGAUUACAGCAAUCACGCACCCCAACCACCAAAGAACAACACACAACAGACACCGGUCACGCCAAGAACGCUUCGUCGAAAGCGCAACCCACCCAAAAAACAGGAGGAGGCACUAUCCAUGUCGAUUGAUGAUAUUGGUGUGGAUUACAGCAAUCACGCACCCCAACCACCAAAGAACAACACACAACAGACACCCGUCACCCAAGAACGCUUCGUCGAAGCGCACCACCAAAACAGGAGGAGGCACUAUCCAUGUCGAUUGAUGAUAUCGGUGUGGACUACAGCAGCUGUGAUCCAAAGGGCACAGGACGCACUGUCCAUGUCGAUUGAUGACAUUGGAGUGGAUUAUAGCAGUCAUGCAUCACAACCAAAAGCAGCAACCAAUACGGCUGCACCAGUCACACCAAAGACACUCCGUCGAAAACGCAAUCCACCCAAAAAGGUACAGGAUGCACUAUCUGGGUCCAUUGAUGAUAUUGGUGUGGACUACAGCAGCCUGGAUCCAACGAUUAAAACAAGCCAUGGCAGCAACACCGAAAAUGGAGACGAACCAGUCACGCCAAAGACACCGCGGCGCAAACGCAAUCCAUCGAAAAAGACACCGAAACAGGGACGACCUUCUCUGCUCAAGGCUCAAUCGCUGUCAGCAUUUGGCAGCAGUCCCCGUCGAAUGACAUCAUUGACAGCAGGUAGCAACACUGAAAAUACGGAUGCACCAGUCACACCAAAGACACCCGGUCGAAAGCGCAAUCCAUCCAAAAAGACACCGGGACGACCUUCGCUGCUCAAAGCUCAAUCGCUGUCAACCUUUGGCAGCAGUCCCCGUAAAAUGGCAUUUACCGAGGUCAUCACGGAACCACUCAACACGGAUGAGCUCUUCUCCAUGUCCAUUGAUGACAUUGGCGUCGACUACAGCAGUUUUGUACAACAAGAACCACCAAGAAAGGGCAAAAAGUCAACCAUGGGCGCGCCACUCACUCCGAAGCAAGAGUUGCCACGACGCAAACGCAAUGCCUCCAAGAAGAAUGGUGUCAACAAUGCGGAGCAAACAAACAACGAAGCUGAUGCGGGCACGGACAACGAGACGACAGCACUCUCUCCCAACGUGCCUCGACGCAAACGCAACGGCUCCAAAAAGGAAGGAACCGCCGACAAUACAGAUGACCAGACGAACAAUGCCGAUCCAGUAACUCCCAAGAAAACAAUGAAGGAGUUCCGAAGACGAAGGUCCUGUGGUGGUGGAGCUGGGGCAGAGACGACGACUCCUCGACGCAACCGCAGUGGUUCCAGAAAGGCACGAGUACGGUCAGAAAGUGUUCCUGCGAACGAAAAUCCAACGACAAUGGAAGCCACCAGCAAACACAUGGUGGAACCAGAAUCCAUGCCUCUGGCAACCGAAGUGUCAGUGGCAUGCUCGGAUACCGAUGAUGGCGAGGUGAUUGCUGUCGUAGUGGCAGCUGAGCCCAGCACUUGCAGCAAGAACGAAGGAGCGUUCUUGUCCAAGACGGAACCAGUGGAAACAACUUGGGUUUGUCUUUGCGGAUUUGUGUCUGAGAAACGAAAGUUGUUUUGUGGCCUGUGUGGCACAAGGCAAACGUGGACUUGCAGCGAAUGCAAGUCCAAAGACAACAUGUGCAAUUAUUCAUUUUGUGCAUCCUGCGGCACAAACAAGCCGGGUAACGGGUGCGGCAAUCCUCAGGAGCGGUGCUGUCCUGCUCCUCAUCAUGAAGGAGGACAACCAGAAGUGGCUAGUUCUCCGGCGUCCAUACUGGUUGCUACAUCUUUAUAA